GUACAACUUGCUCCAAGGAACUUGGAGUCUUUGGUAGAACAGACCCAUUUGAGCACUGUCAGUAGGAACUCUAGUGUAGGAAGAAAUCAUUGUAAAACUAUAAAGGAGAAUGUUAUGUUAUUAUAG